GCAACUCCCACAAGCAGUCAGGCAGAAUGAGCAGCUACCAACUGACUUUCAUCUUGGGCAUCGCCCUUCUGUGCGCUCUGGUGGGUGGCACCACCCGGCCGGCGAGCACCCGGCGUCCGCUGACGACCACCGCUCGCCCCUCCGCCCGUCCCACCGCCAGGAGCUGCCCGCUCUUCCCGGAGGUCUGCUCCAGGGGCAGUCCCAAGGUCUGCGGCAGGACUCCGCGCGGCGAGUGCCAGCGCUUCGAGAACAUCUGUCACCUGAUGCUGGCCAACGUGCUCCGGCUGCCCGAGGGGGUGCGCCACACCCGCGACAUCGAGUGCCGCAACGUGAGGGGCGACGGCGCCGCCCACCGCCGCCCCUGCUUCAACCCCUGCCCCGCGCGCCCCGUCGUGUGCAAGAGGGCGCCCCCCAGCCAGCACAUCUGCGUGAGGAGCCGGAACGGCCGGCAGUGCAAGGUGCUGGGCAACGCCUGCCAGUUGCGCAACCAGAACUGCCACAGCCAGCCCAGGAACAACUGGCUCCGCACCGACAGGAGGCGCUGUGGCCAGCUGCAGCUGGGCGACAAGCCGCAGGAGUGCAUCCGGGUGCCGGUGCGCAGCAGCCCCAGGACCACCCGCAGGCCGCGAUCCACCGCGUCGCCUCGCAGGACCACCACCACCACCACCACCACCACUGCCAGGUCGGUCUGAGGGUCAAGGACAUCCGGGCUCCACACUUAGCUCCCCCUGCAAGGAACCCUGCACCCCAAUUUUUUUUUCAAGCAACUACUUUGUAUUUUAAUAAACCAGCUGCGAGUCCUGACUAAAA